AUGGAGGUGAAUUUCAAGGAACCACAGGUAAAAUUAGGUCGUCUGUCACCAGAAAUUCGAGAGCAAUUUGCUUUAUCGAUGAGUUCUUGUCCGACCGAUAGGAGGCGGGUAUAUAGAUUUGUUGUUUUGCCGCCUCCGGUGAAUAAAAGACACCGUCACCAACUUUCUCUGGCUCUUCGUGGUCGCCUUCCAGUCGAUGCUACGCCUUCUACUCCUCCAGAUAUCCUCCGACAUCGUCUGCUCCUUCGGAAUCCCUCUAACAUUUAUCCUUGUCAUUUAUUUUGGGGCCAGAAUUGGAGCAGAUUCAGCAAAAGAUGCAAGAUAAGGUAUUCUGCUGCUAUGUAUACUCAAUUGACCAGGCUUGUCAUCCAAGCCCCUGUCUUUGUCAGCUCUUUCCUUGCUACAUACACAGGAAGCAUUCUAAUUGCUGUCAACCCGUUCACAAAGCUUCCUCAUCUUUAUAAUGUCUACAUGAUGGAGCAAUAUAAAGGAGCUCCAUUUGGUGAGCUAAGCCCCAUGUAG